AUGGAUGUUGUUAGUGCCAUUCUUAAACCAGUUGCCGAGACACUUAUGGAACCUGUUAAGAAGCAUCUAGGCUACCUCAUUUCCAGCACCCAACAUGUGAGGGAUAUGAGAAGAAAAAUGGGGGAGUUGGAUUCACUAAGACAUGCCGAAGAAGACCAUUUGGAUAGGAACAUAAGAACUCGUCUUGAGAUUUCAUUUCAAGUUAGGAGUUGGUUGGAAGAAGUAGAAAAGAUCGAUGCAAAAGUAAAAACUGUUCCUAGUGAUGUUGGUGCUUGUUGCAGUCUCAAGAGUAGACACACAGUCGGAAGGGAAACCUUCAAACUAAUUGAGGAGAUUGAAAGUGCCACAAGAAAACACUCUUUGAUCACCUGGACUGAUCAUCCCAUUCCUUUGGGAAAAAUUGAUACCAUGCAGGCAUCCACCUCCACACCAUCAACUGACCACGAUGACUUUGAGUCGAGAGAAAAAACUUUUACUCAAGCACUGAAAGCACUUGAACCAAACACAUCCCACAUGAUAGCGUUAUGUGGGAUGGGCGGAGUGGGGAAAACCACAAUGAUGCAAAGACUGAAGAAGGUUGCCAAAGAAAAUAGAAUGUUCAGUUACAUGGUCGAGGCAGUUAUAGGGGAAAAGACAGACCCAAUUGCUAUUCAACAAGCUGUAGCCGAUUACCUUCGUAUAGAGUUAAAAGAAAGCACUAAACCAGCAAGAGCUGAUAAGCUUCGUGAAUGGUUCAAGGCCAACUCUGGAGACGGUAAGAAUAAGUUCCUUGUAAUAUUUGAUGAUGUCUGGCAAUCCGUUGAUCUGGAAGAUAUUGGUUUAAGUCCUUUUCCAAAUCAAGGUGUUGACUUCAAGGUCUUGUUGACUUCACGAGACGAACAUGUUUGCACAAUGAUGGGGGUUAAAGCUAAUUCAAUUAUUAAUGUGGGACUUCUAACUGAAGUAGAAGCACAGAGUAUGUUCCAUCAAUUUGUAGAAACUUUUGAGCCCGAGCUCUGUAAGAUAGGAGAAGUUAUCGUAAGAAAGUGUUGCGGUCUACCUAUUGCCAUUAAAACCAUGGCGUGUACUCUAAGAAAUAAAAGAAAGGAUGCAUGGAAGGAUGCACUUUCACGUAUAGAGCACUAUGACAUUCGUAGUGUUGCGCCUAAAGUCUUUGAAACAAGCUAUCACAAUCUCCAAGACGGGGAGACUAAAUCCGUAUUUUUGAUGUGUGGUUUGUUUCCUGAAGACUUCGAUAUUCCUACCGAGGAGUUGAUGAAGUAUGGAUGGGGCUUAAAGCUAUUUGACAGAGUUUAUACAAUUAGAGAAGCAAGAACCAGGCUCAACACCUGCAUUGAGCGACUUGUGCAGACAAAUUUGUUAAUUGAAAGUGAUGAUGUUGGGUGUGUCAAGAUGCAUGAUCUGGUGCGUGCUUUUGUUUUGGGUAUGUAUUCUAAAGUCGAGCAUGCUUCAAUUGUCAACCAUGGUAAUAUGCAUGGGUGGACUAAAAAUGAUAUGAACGACUCUUGCAAAACAGUUUCUUUAACAUGUGAGAGUGUGUCUGAGUUUCCAGGAGACCUCAAGUUUCCAAACCUAAAGCUUUUGAAACUUAUGCAUGGAGAUAAGACGCUAAGGUUUUCUCAAGACUUUUAUGAAGGAAUGGAAAAUCUCCAGGUAAUAUCAUACCAUAAAAUGAAGUAUCCAUUGCUUCCCUCGUCACCUCAAUGCUCCACCAACCUUCGAGUGCUUCAUCUUAAUGAGUGUUCAUUACGGAUGCUUGAUUGCUCUUGUAUCGGAAAUUUGACGAAUCUGGAAGUGCUGAGCUUUGCUAAUUCUGGCAUUGAACGGAUACCUUCAGCAAUCGGAAAUUUGAAGAAGCUUAGGCAACUUGACCUGAGAGAUUGUGAUGGUCUUUGUAUAGAACAGGGUGUCUUGAAAAAUUUGGUCGAACUUGAAGAACUUUAUAUUGGAAAUGCAUCUGCGUUUAGAGAUUAUAACUGCAAUGAGAUGGCAGAGCGAUCAAACAGGCUUUCUGCGUUAGAAUUUGAGUUCUUUAAUAACAAGGCUCAAGUGAAGAAUAUGUCAUUUGAGAAUCUUGAACGAUUCAAGAUCUCAGUGGGACGCUCUUUAGAUGGAGAUAUCAGUGAGAGUGCCCAUUCAUAUGAAAACACAUUGCAGUUGGUGACCAAUAAAACUGAAAUAUCAGACUGUAAACUUAAUGAGUUGUUUGUGAAAACAGAGGUGCUUUGUUUAAGCGUAGAUGGUAUGAAUGAUCUUGAAGAUGUUGACAUGAAGUUGACGAAUCCUCAAUCCUCUACAUUUUGCAAUUUAAGAGUCCUUGUCGUUUCUGGGUGUGCAGUGUUGACAUACCUAUUCAAACUCCAUGUUGCAAACACUUUGUCAAAGCUUGAGCAUCUAGAAGUUAACAAAUGUGAUAAUAUGGAAGAACUCGUACAUAAUUGUACUAUGGGUAGUGGAAAAGAGACAAUUAUGUUCCCCAAGCUGAAAUUUUUAUCUUUGCGUGAACUACCGAAACUACUAAGUUUGUGUAAUAAUGACAACAUAAUUAAGCUACCACAACUUGUAGAGUUGCAACUUAAGGGCAUUCCAGGUUUCACAAGCAUUUAUCCACAAAACAAGUUGGAAACAUCUAGUUUGUUGAAGGAAGAGGUUGUGAUUCCUAAGUUGGAGACACUUCGAAUUGAUGACAUGGAGAAUUUAAACGAAAUAUGGCCUUGUGAACUUAGUAGAGGCGAGAAAGUUAAGCUGAGAGAGAUUAUAGUGAGAAAUUGUGAUAAACUUUUGAAUCUAUUCCCGCACAAUCCCAUGUCUCUGUUGCAUCAUCUUGAAGAGCUUGAAGUCACGGAAUGUGGUUCGAUUGCAUCAUUAUUUAACAUCGACUUGGAUUGUGUUGGUGCAAUUAGAGAAGAAGACAACAACAGCAUCUUAAGAAGCAUCAAAGUGGAGAAUUUAGGGAAGCUAACAGAGGUUUGGAGGAUAAAAGGCGCAGAUAAAUCUCAUUCCCUUGUCAGUGGCUUUCAAGUUGUUGAAAGCAUAAGGAUUAGGAAAUGUGAGAGGUUUAGAAAUCUAUUCACACCUAUCACCACCAAUUUUGAUGUGGGGGCACUUUUGGAGAUUCGGAUUGAAGAUUGCGGAGGAGAAACAGGGAAAUUCAAUGAAUCGAAAGAGAGUAGCCAAGAGAAAACGACUGAUAUUCUGUCAGAGGAAGAGACAUUGCGAGAAAUCACUGGCAAUAUUUCUAAUGUUGCAUUCCCAUCCUGUCUCAUACCCUCUUUUCAUAACCUCCAUAAACUUUACUUGAAGAAGUAUGAAGGAGUGAAGGUGGUGUUUGAGAUGGAGAAUCCACCAAGUAGAGAAUUGGUAAAAACUCACCAUAACCAACAACAGCCUAUGCUUCUCAACCUCCAGGAAUUAUAUCUAUAUAAUAUGGACAACAUGAGCUAUGUAUGGAAGUGCAACCGGUAUAGCUUCUUCAAUCUUCCAAAACAACAAUCUGAAUCAACAUUCCACAACCUCACAACCAUACAUGUGUACCAAUGCAAAAGCAUUAAGUACUUGUUUUCGCCUCUCAUGGCAGAACUUUUUUCCAACCUAAAGAAUGUCCACAUAGAAUGGUGUCAUGGUAUCGAAGAAGUUGUUUCAAACAGAGAUGAUGAGGAUGAAGAAAUGACUACUUUGUUCCCUCAGCUUGAUUCUCUCACUCUAAAAUACAUGAACAAUCUGAAGCGUAUUGGUGGAGGAGGUGCCAAGGAUGAGAACACUGAAAUAUCUUUCAACAAUACCACUACAACUACCGUUUUUCCUGAUCGAUUUAAGUUGUCUGAAGCAGGUGGUGUUUCUUGGAGCUUAUGCCAAUACUCUAGAGAGAUAGAAAUAGAACACUGCCCUGCAUUGUCAAGUGUGAUUCCAUGUUAUGCAGCAGGACAAAUGCAAAAGCUUCGAGUGCUGAGAAUAUUGUGUUGCAGUGGGAUAAAGGAGGUAUUUGAAACUCAAUCAGGGAUGAUCAGCAACAAAAACAAGAGGGGUUGUGGUGAAGGAAUUCCAAGAGUAAAUAACAAUGUUAUUAUGCUUCCCAAUCUAAAGAUAUUGGAAAUCGUAGUUUGUGGGGGUUUAGAACAUAUAUUCACAUUCUCUGCAAUUGGAAGCCUGACACAUCUUGAAGAGUUAACAAUAUCUAGUUGUGAUUCAAUGAAAGUGAUUGUGAAGAAGGAAGAAGAAGAUGCGUCAUCAUCAUCAUCUUCUUCUAAGAAGGUUGUGGUCUUUCCUCGUCUAAAGUCCAUUGAACUAAGUUAUCUACCAGAGCUGGAGGGUUUCUUCUUGGGGAUGAAUGAGUUCGGAUUUCCUUCAUUGGAUAAUGUUACCAUCAAGAAAUGCCCCCAAAUGAGAGUGUUUGCACCUGGAGGGUCCACAGCUCUCCAACUCAAGUAUAUACGCACAGGAUUAGGCAAACAUACUCUUGAUGAAUCAGGCCUUAACUUCUUUCAUGUUCAGCAUCAUCAGCAAACCGCUUUCCCGAGUUUACAUGGUGCAACUUCGUUCCCUACAACUUCAGAAGCAAUACCUUGGUAUUUUCAUAACUUGAUCGAAUUAGAUGUGGAACGGAAUCAUGAUGUUAAAAAUAUUAUUCCAUCCGGUGAAUUGCUGCAACUGCAAAAGCUGGAAAAUAUUAGUGUGAGUGAUUGUGAGAUGGUAGAAGAGUUAUUUGAAACUGCAUUGGAAGCAGCAGGGAGAAAUAGAAAAAGUAGUAGUGGACGUGGUUUUGAUGAACCGUCACAAACUACUACUCUUGUCAAUAUUCCAAACCUAAGAGAAAUGACGUUGGAUUUGUUAGAAAAUCUCAGGUUAGAUCAUGUGUUUACUAGUUCCAUGGUUGGUAGUCUAUUGCAACUCCAAGAGCUAACUGUAAGGUACUGCCACAAUAUGGAGGAGGUCAUUGUCAAGGAUGCAAGUGGUGUUGUGGAAGAAGAAUCUAUUUGCAAGAGGAAUGAGAUUCUUGUGUUACCUCGUCUAAAGUCCUUGAUAUUAGAUGACCUUCCAUGUCUUAAGGGGUUUAGCUUGGGGAAGGAGGAUUUUUCAUUCCCUUUAUGGGAUACUUUGGAAAUCUACUACUGCCCAGCAAUAACGGCUUUCACCAAGGGAUAUUCGGCUACUCCGAAGCUAAAAGAAAUAGUAACAAGAUGUGGCUCGUUUUAUGCAGGGGAAGACAUCAACUCCUUUAUAAAGAUCAAACAAGAGGAAUUUAAAAACGACCAAGACUCUCAUUAA